CAAAGAACUACCGUUGUCUCCGCCUCAACAAUGUUGCACACACCCGGUUCUCACAAGUCACAAACCCUCAACUUUCUCCUCUGUUUCUCAUCCUGAAAAUUUAAUUUGAUUCCAGCAAGCUUAUGGAUUCAUCAUCCUCAAUAAACCCACCUUAAUUAUCCAAACAAACUCUCAAAAUUUUCUCUCUCCAAAAUUUUUGAGCAAGAUGAAUGCCUCAAUCAAAUCAGCCCUUAAAAACCCACAAUCGAGCUUCUUUCAUAUCAAGUCUGCGUUUUUCCAUUCCACCACAGUUUUGGAGCGAGGCCGCCGCAAUCCCUGGACUGCUAGAUACAAUAAUACUAAUAGCAGUAAUUAUAGAAGGUCAGGUCAUAGAAGGAAUCAUUUCAAGCAAAAUCUAAUGCGGAAUGCGAAUGCCUAUGUUGAACACCUGUUUGAGGGCUGGCAAUCUGAUUUUGACCAAGAUGACCAGCCAUCUAGUAAGGGUCCUUCCUGGUUCAGGAAACCUCAUAAUGGAUCAGGAAGGUAUUCAUCUUAUACUCAGGGACGUCAAAAGGAAGGAAGAAGAGGACACAGUUUUGUUGAAGAUGAUGAUGACGUUGAGAGCAUCUUUCGAUCAGCAUUUGGUGAUCGGUUUUUCUUCUGGUCAUUUGUAAAUGAAGAUUAUCCUAAUAGGAAGAACUCAUCACAAUAUUCUAAUAGUUACAAAACCUCUUGGAAACGGAGACAGCGGAUUAAAGAUGAAGAAGAAUAUGAGUACAUUUCAGAUGAUGACACGAAUAAAUCAGUUCUAGCUUCAGAGAGGAUAGCUCUUGGGUUGAGUGCUUCUGGUCCCCUAAAACUUGAUGAUGUGAAAAAUGCGUACCGAUCUUGUGCCUUAAAAUGGCAUCCCGACCGUCACCUGGGAUCCUCUAAAGCUGCUGCAGAGGAGAAGUUCAAGCUUUGUACUGCAGCAUAUCAAUCUUUGUGUGAUAGAUUGGCUAUGAAUUAAAUUAAAAUUCAUCACAUUCAUAACUCAUAACUCAUCUAGCUUGUACCAAUUUCAAGACCUCUGAAGAUUAACUAAGCAAUGUUCUAUAAUUUGGUUGCAAUUACCAGUUUGUGGUCCGGCGAUAAUUUGGUUAUUUCUGGGGAAAAGCCUCCAUCGAGGUUGAAAUCCUGCCGGUUCAGCACUCCCCUCCCCAAUCUUUCGUAAAGAUCAUCGAGGCUGGAUGGGUCUUGAUUGUGAUCAGACUAGAAGUUUAACCCAGAGUAGAAGUUUCAACCAUGUUGAAAUCAGCAAUUUUGACCCCUUACAUCAUUCUCGUGUACAUUUACUUUAACCGUUGGAACGUUGGCGCUUUUCUUUGGCAGAUGUAGUGUAGAAUGUGAAAACUUGUGUCUCAAUGUGAGGCUAAUACAUUUGCUGCUGGGAAAUUCUUCCCUUGCAACAAAAAUAAAUAAGGUUGCUGUUUACA